GGGAGAGAGACGUGUGAGGAAAGAGGGAGGAGAAGAUAGAAAGGGCAGAAGGGAGGGGGGUAUCGGCGUAUGCUUGUAUACAACUACCCCCGAUUUCCAUUUUUUUCCCUAACUCGUAAUGUAUUUAAUUCAAGUGAAACGUAAUCAUGACGUGUGUUGUCAUUAAUCUCCUCGCCGCCUCUCCCGGGACUGUUGGAGGUGGUCAGGCAAAUUGCCACCAUCGGAAAACGCCCUUUUUAAUUCAAGGAAGUGAAGCAUGGCAUAGACACAUUUACAAGUAUGGAUUCCCCACCAGAGUGUAUGCUGGCACUUUCCUGUGAGCCUCCUCUGUCUCCACCCUCCAUGCCAUCUUUGGAUCACAGUCCCCAAUUCCUACCCCAGAGUCCUCUAUCUACACCUUCUAGCCCUCAAACUGAACUCUAUGUCCCGGUCUCACCCUGCCCACUUCCUGAAGCCUGCUUCCAAGAUGAGGAGGAGGAUGAGGAGUUAUCAACACCCCCAUCACCCACCCCAGCUGUGGCACUGUUUCCUGGCGAAUUGGAACUCGGCAGUCCCUCAUUAGAGAGCAGCCCACCAGCCACACCAUUAGCACCUUUCCCUGGUUUUGGAGCUCUGGAGCAGGCAAUCUCCUCUGGUCAAAGUACCAGCUACAAUGAUGAGUUGGAUCUUCAGCUUUUCAACAAUGAGGGCAUGGCUGUUCCUGGAGGGACCAGCUCUGGGCCUGGCCUAAGGUUCCCCUGCCAUGUGUGUGGAAAGAGGUUCCGCUUCCAGAGUAUUUUGUCUCUGCACGCUCGAGCACACAGUUUGGACAGGGAGCGUCGGGCUUCAGCUCCCUACCAAGCCACGCAUGUCAAACUGCAGCAGAAUCACGUGAGCGAGAGUGUAAUCCAGAAUUCAUUAUCUGGGUCAUCACAAAAAAGUAUGAAUGAAGACAUGGUUCCAGAGGAACCUCUUCAAACUGCUAGCAGCCCUCAGUUCCUCUUUGAAGGAGCAUCAGCCCUGACUCCACCUUUAACAGAGGAAGCACCCAUCUCAACCUCCUUUUCUCCACUUGGCCAGGCCCACUUGGAUGACAACGCCCCCUCCACAGCUGCUCCUGCCUUCCGGUGUCAUGCUUGUAAGGGUAAGUUCCGAACAGCUUCAGAGCUUGCACGUCAUGUGCGGAUCCUCCACAACCCCUACAAAUGUACAAUGUGUCCCUUCUCAGCCAGCCAGGAGGAAAGACUGGCUGCCCAUCUGCAGGAGACCCACCCACCUAAAGAUCCUCCCACUGAAACGGUUUUCCCUUCUCACCCUAUAACGGCACCAAUAGAAAAUCCUCCCCCACAAAUGUCUGUUGUUCCAGCUUUCCGAUGUGAGACAUGCGGACAGCGUUUUACUCAGUCCUGGUUUUUGAAGGGGCACAUGCGGAAGCACAAGGACUCAUUGGAUCAUAAGUGCCAGGUCUGUGGCCGUGGCUUCAAGGAACCCUGGUUUCUAAAGAACCAUAUGAAGGUGCAUCUGAACAAGCUUGGCCUCAAGGCUGGAUUGAGCAAUCUGGGUCCAGCUGGAACUGAUCAAUCCAAAGGUCCUGCAAGCACGCAAGUGCUGGGGGCUCUGUAUUCUAACUUGCUCCUUGCUCGAAGUAUGGCCAGUGGCGGUGCUUCAGGAAAUCGCACAGAGAGGUCAGAUGCCAGUGCAGGCUCAAGCAAAUCCUCUAUAUUGGGCUAUCUGGGAUUACCCAAAGACAACAGCAAUGGAAGUUGCAUGGAGCGCCUUCAGGCAGUGGCACAGGUUGCAGAAAUGGGUAACGGAGGAGGAGGGCGGGGAAGUGAGUCAGCAGACGGUACAGACCAGGCAGCCAUGUGGCAGCUGGUUGCACGCAGUCUGGUGGCAGCACAGAACAACCAACAGCAACAGCAGCAGCAGCAGCAGCAGAGAUCCCAUUCACACCAUCAGUUUUCUUCCUCACGAGGCACGGUCGCUGGGGAAGCCAAGCAGAUGAGGGCCUACCUGGGUGGGUUGGGUUCUAGAGAGGAACUGGAGGGAUCUAGUUCACCGUGGGAGUGUCCAGAUUGUGGCAAGAUGUUCAGAAGCCUUCAGCAGGUGGUUGCUCACGCCCGUGUCCAUGUCCAGAAACCACAGAAAGGCCAAAGUGCCCGAGGGGGCAUGUCCAGGGAAGAGGACAUUAUAAACAGAGUCAGUGGAGCUCAAGCAACAGGCGGCGUAGAAGGAGGGCAAAGAACAAGUGACAAUGAUAUUAGGCAGGAGAGAAAGCAACUCCCAUCAGGAGUCGUGUCAGCUGGGAGCUUCCAUUCUGUCAUAUCACAUCUCUCUGGUCCCAACGGUGUGAGGGAAUCGUCCUCUUCCACUUCAUCUCCAAGGGAGCGUGUUCGGGGAACAGGGAUGAAGGAUUGUCCCUACUGUGGUAAAGCCUUCCGCUCUUCCCAUCACCUUAAAGUGCACCUUCGUGUACACACAGGUGAGAGACCAUACAAAUGCCCCCACUGUGAUUAUGCUGGCACCCAGUCUGGCUCUCUCAAAUACCACCUUCAACGUCAUCAUCGUGAGCAAAGGAACGCUAUGGCAACCUCCCCAACCUCCCCAUCACCUAGCCUUCCCUCUCUGACUGGAUCUCCUCGUGAAGGGGUAAAAAAGCGCAGACUACCCUCCAUAUCCCAGUCGUCUUUUGGAAGGGAGCUUCCAAGGCACAGUCAGUCAUGGGGUGAAGGCCCAUCAGAGCAGAAGGAGGGCUCUUCUGCAUCCAUUCAUCAAAGAGAGGGAGACCUGGAGAGUCACUAUCGCAGUCUGUCAGGGAUGAUGGGGACACUCUUCCCUGGUGGUCUAGAAACAAAUUGGAUUGGGGAGGUACCACCUCCGAAAAUGCCAAAAGUGUCUCGACGGAAACCCCUUACUACAAGCCGCAUGAUGUCAGUAAAUGGCUAUCAGGGCGGCACAACAUCCCAGGAAGGAGGCUUCGAACCACUGGAUCUCUCCCGUCGCCCUUUACAAGAUGAAGUGGGAGUGAGUAGUUCUGGGGGUGAACCAUCAGGUGGCUCUAAAGGAGGGAAUGAUAUCCUUAAUCAAUGUGUGUUCUGUCCCUUCCGAACCUCUUCUGUUGAGCUGAUGGCCAUGCACCUUCAGGUUAAUCACACCAGCAAGUCUCGUCGCAAGAGAGGCGUCCCUUUCAGUUCCACCAAUCAUUCUCCAAGACUAACUUUGGCUGGGCCAGACCGUGAUCCCCUGGCUCUGUGGAAGUUCCUUGGUGUAGAGGACGGAGUAGCAUCUCCUGAGGACUGGGUCUCAUCCAAGUCAAGAGCUGAGAAUGGAGUCAGCCCAGAUGACAAGGAAAGCGAGGACAGCUUUGAACUUGCCUCUGGACCUGCGGGAAGAUUUGGUGCCACAGAGAAGAAACGUAAAAUGAGAAAGGACCUAGAAGAGGGAGAUGAGGAUAUUGAAGAGGGGGAGAAUGAGAUGGAAGCAAAUGGCAGCUUUGCAAAUGUACCCCAGGAUCAGGGCAGAAGGGCUCAGUCUGUUUCAUCAGACCUCACGGCUGAGUAUCUACCCAAGGAGGAGGAAAGUGUCUUGGAGAAAUAACAUCUAAAGAGAGCCCUGGAGAAAAGAUAGGGGCAGGGGAGAAAUAUUUGGGAAAUAGUUGUCCAGGGUCCCUCGUAUCCUUCAAACCAAGGGCAGACCAGUCACUAUGCUAACAUACUGGACAUUAUGUAAUAUGUUAACAGGAAACCCGCAAAAGUAAUUAAAUCAACCAUUCCCCUCAUUAUACCCUCUUGGUUAGUGAUCAAUUACCUCUACACACACAAAGACUCUCAAUCACACAGAGAUAUCCAGUAUUGUAUGCUAGUCUAAGCCUGCCUGAAUCGGGGCCUUCUUGAACACUGUUCUCUCGUUCCUGUCUUCUUGUCAGUGAACGCAAUUGCCAAGUUGCAUUUCAUUUACAAUUUCCUUGCUCCUGUGAAUCUUGCUCUCAUCUCAACAAGGACUUGGAAUGUCAAUCUGUGGAGCUGAAUAAGCUACAAAAAAAA